AUGUCAGAAGCUAUUUCCAUUGGAGCAGCUGCCAAAGCACCAAAGACUUCUAUAAAGCCUGAAAAGAAAGGAAAGAAACCUCUUUAUGUAGUAAAAUUGAAGCAUCUACCAUAUGGAUUCUUUGAGAAGACGGGUAACUUCAAAGGAUGGGCAUACGUGGGAUUCGAUAAUAAAGAUGUGGCAGAAAUCGCUGCAGAAACGAUGAAUGGAUAUCUGAUGUUCGAGAAAAGACUAACCUGCCAUGUAAUGGCACCUGACAAAAUUCCAAAGUCUAUGAAGAGUGGACCAAGGUACGUAGCUCCGCCACAUAUGCGGGGACGGGCUAAAAAAGAUGCUCUGAAGCGUAAUAAGGAUAAGACGAAAGAUCAGGAGGAAAAGACGAAGCGCAAUCUGAAAAAGCUCAAAAAUCUUGGCAUCGAUUACGGUCUGGAAGCAAUGUCGACAAGCACCUCCAUGGCUGUAAGUUUUCAAAUGUUCAGUUUAACGCCACUCUUUUUAAUUUCCAAUUUUCUUGUAUAUGAGUUUGUGGGGCUAACUUUAUCAUAG